GUGGUAGCUUACUUUAAUUAAUUUGGGACAUAAAAUACAGGGGGCGGGUCAUAACGUGAUAGUAACGCUGAGUCUCGCGAUACCUUAUGUGCUUUAUAAACCCAUGUCUUCCUAACUGAAGGCCUCUUCGAAAUCGGACUGGCGACAAAAUGUCCCACCGUAAAUUUUCGGCUCCACGCCACGGAUCCCUGGGCUUCCUGCCCCGCAAGAGGAGCCGGCGCCAUCGCGGUAAGGUAAAGAGCUUCCCCAAGGAUGACCCCAGCAAGCCCGUGCACCUCACCGCCUUCCUGGGCUACAAGGCCGGCAUGACUCACAUCGUCCGUGAGGUCGACAGACCUGGUUCGAAGGUGAACAAGAAGGAAGUUGUUGAGGCUGUGACCAUUGUGGAGACGCCUCCCAUGAUUGUGGUUGGAGUUGUGGGUUACGUUAACACCCCCCGUGGCCUGCGUACCUUCAAGACCAUUUUUGCUGAGCAUGUCAGUGACGAGUGCAAGCGCCGCUUCUACAAGAACUGGUACAAGUCCAAGAAGAAGGCUUUCACAAAGUAUUGCAAGAGAUGGCAGGAUGAUGAGGGCAAGAAGCAGCUGGAGAAGGACUUUGCUUCUAUGAAGAAGUACUGCCAGGUCAUUCGUAUCCUUGCCCACACUCAGAUGCGUUUGCUCUCCCUGAGGCAGAAGAAGUCUCACCUCAUGGAGGUGCAGCUGAAUGGUGGCACGAUCUCUGAUAAGGUUGAUUGGGCUCGUGAAAAACUUGAGCAGGCAGUACCAGUCAACACAGUGUUCACACAGGAUGAGAUGAUCGAUGUGAUUGGUGUCACAAAGGGUCACGGAUACAAGGGUGUCACCAGCCGUUGGCACACGAAAAAGCUUCCUCGCAAAACCCAUCGUGGUCUGCGUAAGGUGGCUUGUAUCGGUGCUUGGCAUCCUGCCCGUGUGGCUUUCUCUGUGGCCCGUGCCGGUCAAAAAGGCUACCACCACCGUACAGAGAUCAACAAAAAGAUCUACAAAAUUGGCCAGGGCUACCACACUAAGGAUGGAAAGGUGGUUAAAAACAAUGCGUCCACGGAGUACGAUCUGUCAAACAAGAGCAUCAACCCCCUGGGAGGCUUUGUCCACUAUGGAGAGGUGACCAAUGAUUUUGUCAUGGUGAAAGGCUGUGUUGUGGGAACCAAGAAGAGGGUGUUGACCCUGCGCAAGUCUCUGCUGGUGCAGACUAGCCGUCGUGCCUUGGAGAAGAUCGAUCUCAAGUUCAUUGACACAACCUCAAAGUUUGGUCAUGGUCGCUUCCAGACUGUGGAGGAAAAGAAGGCUUUCAUGGGACCACUCAAGAAGGACCAUAUUGUCAAGGAGGAGAGGGCUUAAACUGCAAACUACAGAGUUUCUUCUUCUGCAUUGUGUACCAUCAUGACUGUUUGCAGACUUUAAUAAACCAUAAAGAUCA